AUGCUGCUACACCGUCUGUUGUAUCUUGUGGCUUUGCUUCUAAGCGUGGCAUGUGUCUGUGGUGCGGCUGAAGAGGCAAAAGCUGCGCAGGGGCUUCAUCCUGAUGCUGCUGAUUCUAGCAGUACUUGUGAUGACCCUAAAAAAGCUGAAGGUGCUUGUGCUCCUCGUUUAUCUGCUGAACUUCCUGCAGCUCGACAUGAGCCUGGGGAGAGUGGUCACGUUGCCACUGAAAAUCUCGUUCCAGAUAGUCCUCCUGGUCCCGUCACUACCCUGCGGGGAAGUGAUAGUGAACCGCNGUAA